AUGCCUGAUGAGAAUUUAGAUGAAGCAUCUAAAUGCUUGAAAAACACUCUAAAACGUAUGAGAAGUCGUCAUUUUGAUUUACUAUCGACCAGUAACGAUUCAGUUGAAUACAUCAAAAUAAUAACUUCAGUCACAAAACAGCUAAAAAAUUAUCAGGUUAUUUGUAAACUAAAACAAUCUAUACAAAAUGUAGAAGAAGAAAUUGAUUUUGCUGCACAACACAUUUUCCGUCGACCAACAUUCAAUCCACAACUUGAAUACCUCACAACCGGACUGAGUGAUUUGUGCACACAGAUUCUCAAGUUUUGUUAUACCAAGGGACAAUGUGGUGCUUCGCAACGAGAAAUCAAAAAAAACUUUGAAGAUUUGUCUUUGUUUGCUCUUACAACGUCUGUGCGAUUUCUGACAGAUAAAGAUCUGUUAUUGAGGGCUGGCAUUGAAGUACCAGUGUACGUGCAUCACAAAUAUACAGAUUUGUGGCUGGUAAAAAUACCAAGUGAAAAUUGGUCCAGUGCUGUUGACACAAUAAUCAUGGAAAAUGAAGAUUUAUUACAUAUAGAUUCGGAUUCUGAGGAUACAGACUCAAUACUCCCACCAAUGAAAAGAAUGCGUGAAGAACAUCCAACAGAAAGAAACACUGAAACCUUUGAUCGCAUAAUAAUCCGCCCCUGGACCAGAUUGAAUUUAACUAUCAACAAAGAACUUAUGGAGAAAUUUUUGAACUCUGUUCUAUCCAAAAUAAUUGUCAAACCCGGCAUUUACCUGAAAACCCUGAAAAAAGAAUAUUGCACCAUCUUACAGCCAAUGGUAGUUAGGGAACUUGUAGAAAUGCUUGAGGCUAUGAAGUGUAUAAAAAUGAUUCUCAUAAAAAAUAUAUGCAAACCUUCAUUUUUUUCCAAUCCAUCACCGUUGAAUCAUAACUUGGUGUUUUCUGACGUAAAGGGAUUGGAAGAUGACUCAUUAAUAAUGCUUGAACCAACUCUUGAUUGCGAAAUCAGAUUUGGCUAUUUUUCAGAGAAAUAUGGUGAUUAUGUUAAGUAG